GUUGACUGAUUUUAUCGAGCAAAACAAAAAGUAAUUAAAUUCUCUUCGACCCUAAUAAAAAUAGCGAGGUUGUAGGUUGAAGCUCAUCAUUGUGUUGUUUGGUACGAGAUUCUAUCGAAUGCGCUGACUCUGUUUGUGCAGUUCAAGGAAGCCAACAUGCCUUUUACUCCAGCACCUCAAAAGAAAUGCCAGAGAUGUGCAAAGUCCGUUUACCAAGCCGAAGAGAAAAAAGACUCAAACGGCAAACCGUGGCACAAGAGCUGCUUCACGUGUACGGAUUGCAAAAAAGGCUUGGACAGUACUACUCUGACCAUGCACGACGAUGAUAUCUACUGCAAGAGCUGUUAUGGUAAAAAUUAUGGCCCCAAGGGAUACGGAUUUGGAGGCGGGGCUGGGGCGUUAACAAGGACACAAUGAAAUGGAUUUUCUGAUUGGCUAGUGUUUAUAUCGUUGGCACAGGCUGUUAAUUGACCAAUUGAUUUAUCUGUGAUUGUUACGUUGAUAGAAAUUUUCUCUCUUCUUCAUUUUUGUAUUAAUGACUGAUAAAAUGACUGGAGUUAAAAAAUUGGUUUCUUUAGUAGAGACAGGAGGUAAUGGGCUCCUGUUAGAGAGGACAUUUUUUUUUACUUGUUCUCGCCUAUUAUGAUUUAUAGUCACGAUUAAAAUUCGAUAUUUAGACCCAACUGUAUCUUUUGCUAGGAAUAUCGAGAGAUCUCUGAUAAAUAAAUUUUUUUUUUUAACCA